AUGAUGUCAGCAAGUUUUACUUGUAUGUUUUCAAUGAAUUGGUUUGGUCUUGGUAUAUCCGAUCCACAGGGCGCUGGACCGGACACAUAUUCAAGUCAUUGGAAUGCUGACAAUCAAGAUGGUUGUGUGCCAACAGCUCAACCGAAUCGAUGUGAAAUCGAUGGUCAACGUAUUAUCAUCUCGUCAAAUUAUCGACCGCUUGCUGGUAUAUACUCAUCGAGUGGUUUGAAUGCCGAAAGUUUUACUCGAAUUGAUCUUAUGUUAAUGACAUUGAAACGAGAAUGUGCCAAUAUCGAAAUUUCAUAUCAAGCUUACGUUCGUUUUCGAAAACGCGCACAAAAUUUUCAAUUUUCAUCCGAUGUUACUACACCUGGUUACGACAGCUCAUGGUUAUACUCAUUCUCAAUUUCCUUAGGUCUCGGUCGUUGUGAAAAUUCGAAUGUAAAUAACAGUCUUAAUGCAACAAACUAUCUCAUCAAUGGAAAACCUUUGAUGUGA